GAAACCAAGAGAAUAUGCUCCGCCUCUAGAAUUAUAAUAUGCUCCAAAACUAUUCAGUCAAAAAGCUGGAAUUUUGAAGCCAAAGAACAGCUUGAUUCCCGAAAGCCUUUAAAUAUUCUUAUUCUGUAUUUAAGAGCGCCAAUCCUGAAUUUUACGGGACUCACUUUGAAAACCUCUCGAGUAGCUGUUUUCGUCCUAACACAGUGACAAUGACGAACUCAGCCAAGGGCUCCGCCAACUUUAGAGUUCCUGUACUGAGCAACGCUGAAGAUUUGAUAAAUUCAGUGGAUACGUUUAUCUUUGACUGUGAUGGUGUUAUAUGGAAGGGCGAAACUUUGAUAGAUGGCGUACCUGAAACUCUAGAUAUGCUACGAUCCAGGGGAAAGAGCCUUGUAUUCAUGACAAACAACUCAACAAAGUCACGCAAGCAAUACAGGAAGAAGUUUGAAGCACUUGGUCUUACCGUUCAGGAGGAAGAGAUUUUUCCGUCAUCUUUUGCAGCGGCUGCUUAUUUGAAGUCUAUUGAUUUCCCACAGGAGAAAAAGGUAUAUGUUAUAGGUGGGGAGGGAAUAUUGCAGGAACUAGAGCUCUGUGGCAUCAAAGGAAUUGGUGGCCCGGAAGAUCGUGACAAAACAAUACAAUUUGGACCUGGAUUUUUUAUCGAGCAUGACAAAGAUGUUGGAGCAGUUGUGGUUGGAUUUGACCAAUUUAUUAAUUUUUACAAGAUUCAGUAUGGAACACUUUGUAUUCGAGAGAAUCCAGGAUGCCUUUUCAUUGCUACCAAUUGUGAUGCUGUAGGUCACUUUACUGAUGCACAAGAAUGGGCAGGUGGUGGCUCAAUGGUUGGUGCAAUAAAGGGGUCAACUCAAAAGGAACCUCUUGUUUUAGGAAAGCCAUCAACAUUCAUGAUGGAUCAUGUUUCGAAAAAAUUUGAGACUGAUAAGUCAAAAAUAUGUAUGGUAGGUGAUAGGUUGGACACUGACAUUUUAUUUGGAAUAAAUAGUGGUUGCAAAACUCUUCUCGUGCUUUCAGGUGUCACGACUUUAUCUAUGCUUCAAAGCCCUGAAAAUGAUAUUCAACCUGAUUUUUACACAGAAAAGGUGGCUGUGAUAGAACAUUAAUAAAUUUCGAUGUCUUAUCACUCAUCCAUUGAUUGGCAUAUAUAUGAUGACAUUGUUUGAUCAAGUGUUAACUUGAUCGGGCAUGUGUUUUAGACAUGGUCGAUCAAGGUAACACUUGAUCGUGCCUCUUGAUAACAAAUAUGAUCAUAUCGAUAUGAAUCGGUGUUAGCGCAUAACAAAUACCAAUCGGUUUAAUACAGAUAAUGCUCAAUACAAAUCGGUGCUUAAAUACCUUUUGUUGUCCAACCCAAUACCAAUCGGGAUGUUAGGAGUAUUGACAUUGUUGCAUGGUUAUUAUACACGAUAACCCAAUCAAGUCUAAUACAAUAUCUUCAUGAUCGUGAAUGGUAAUUAAGCAGAAGUAUAUCAAUAUGAUCAUGUACUCGAUCAUUCAAGAAAAUACAUAUCGGUAUAUGCAGACCGAUCAUGAAAUGUAUUUGCAAUU